AAAGCUCGUCAAUUAUUACGUGACAUGUCAAGUAUGUCAGAUGCACCAAUCGAGCCACCUAUGCAAACAAGAUUACUUGAUGCAUGUACAGAGGUUCCUGGUGUAGUUAUGGCUGGUGUCCCCGGUGCUGGAGGGUAUGAUGCUAUAUUUUGUGUAGGUAUUGAAGAUAAUUUUAUUACGCAAGUUGAAAAUAUUUGGGAAAAUUGGAGCGAAAUGAGUGUUGGUCCUUUGUUAACAAGUGAAUCUUCAGAUGGAUUUAUGAAAGAGAGUUUAGAUAAU